ACUCAUUUUGGUUCAUCCAAGAAGUCAUUUUUCAAAGCAAAAAAAGCACUUUUGUCACACAAUUGCAACCAGUGAGCAUGAGAACUUCCUUGCUUUUCUUAUUACUUCUCACAUGCUUGCUGGUUGUUGUUGGCAAUGUCCAAUGCAAUCCAAACUAUAGAGAAGCUUUGGCUAAAUCCUUAUUGUUUUUCCAAGGACAGAGGUCAGGAAGGCUCCCUCCUGACCAACAAAUCACAUGGAGAUCAAAUUCCGGUCUUUCUGAUGGUCGUCUCGCUAAUGUGGAUUUAAGUGGAGGCUACUAUGAUGCAGGAGACAAUGUGAAAUUCAAUUUUCCAAUGGCAUUCACAACCACAAUGUUAUCAUGGAGCACAAUUGAAUAUGGAAAGAGAUUCGGACCUCAAAUGAAAGAAGCAAGAGUCGCGAUUCGCUACACCACAGACUAUCUCCUCAAGUGUGCAACAGCAACACCAGGAAGACUCUAUGUUGGUGUUGGAGAUCCAAAUGCUGAUCACAAAUGUUGGGAAAGACCAGAGGAUAUGGACACUGUUAGAACUGUUUACUAUGUUUCUUCAAACAAUCCUGGUUCUGAUGUUGCUGCUGAAACUGCUGCUGCACUUGCUGCUGCUUCUAUUGUUUUUAGAAAAGUUGAUCCAACUUAUUCUAAGCUUUUGUUAAUUACUUCACAGAAGGUUUAUCAGUUUGCUUUGCAGUAUCAAGGUUCUUACAGUAAUUCACUUGGUUCUGCUGUUUGUCCAUUUUAUUGCUCAUAUUCUGGAUUCAAGGAUGAACUAUUGUGGGGAGCUGCAUGGCUUUUUAGAGCAACAAAUAGUAUUUACUACUAUAAUUUGGUGAAGUCCUUAGGAGCUGAUGAUCAACCUGAUAUAUUCAGCUGGGACAACAAAUAUGCUGGUGCACAUGUCCUUCUCUCAAGGAGAGCAUUGUUGAAUGGUGAUAAGAACUUUGAUCAAUAUAGACAAGAAGCUGAUAAUUUCAUGUGCAAGAUCUUGCCUAAUUCACCUUCUUCAACUACACAAUAUACACAAGGUGGACUCAUGUUCAAGCUACCUGAUAGCAAUCUCCAGUAUGUGACAUCUAUAACAUUCUUGCUUACAACCUAUUCAAAAUAUAUGUCAGCUACAAAGCACACAUUUAACUGCGGCGGUGUCCUCGUCACUCCAAAUACCUUAAGAAGCAUCGCCAAAAGACAGGUAGACUACAUAUUAGGUAAAAAUCCACUUGGAAUGUCUUAUAUGGUAGGUUAUGGACAAAACUAUCCCAAGAGAAUUCACCAUAGAGGAUCUUCAUUGCCUUCAUUAGCAGCUCAUCCACAAACCAUAGGAUGUGACGGUGGUUUCAACCCAUUUUUCCAUUCAUUUAAUCCUAACCCUAACAUAUUGGUUGGAGCCAUAGUCGGAGGUCCAAACCAGAACGACGGAUUUCCUGAUAAUCGCGAUGAUUACAGUCAUUCCGAACCCGCUACUUACAUCAACGGUGCUUUUGUUGGACCUUUAGCAUACUUUUCUGGUACCAAUUAAUGUUAGAUCAGAAUUCAGAACCUUGCUUUCAAGUGUAGAUAUCAUUUCUACCCAACAAAGGGAUGUCUAUCAACUCAAAAUCAGAUGGUGGACUAUGAAGUGGGAGCAGUGUUCAUUUUCUUUCUUUGAUACAAAUUUUUUAGUUUUUAGCAAUCUUAAUCCAACAUGUUUACUACUAUGUUUUACACUACAAGGUGUAUCAUAGCACCCAAAAAACUUAUGUCAUCACUUAUUAAAAUGAAAUAGCCUCAUCCAUCCUUGUAUUUUCUUCUUUUUCUUUUUUCAUUUUUCUUCACGGUAGCAUAAGAACAGUUGUGUUAUUUGAACAUCAAAAUACAAACACCAUAUGCAACAUCGUAUUUGCUUA